GCUACUUCAAAAUGAUUGAACUGAAGCUGCUUUUCCUUGCCUUUGCUUUGACAAUUUGUUCAGCAAGUCUGUCAGAACCGUGGAACGAAGAAGAAGAAGAGGAAUGGGUUAGAACAUCCAUCGAUUACGUCACAGGGUCCAUUUGGCCGAAACCUCAAUCGAACAACGCGAGUGGCAAGGUGUAUACACUGACUUCAAGCGAAUUCUCCUUCGAUUCAACGGGUGAAACGAGUGAUGUGCUCAAGGAAGCGUUUACACGGUACAGAGACUUGGUUUUUCCCGAUCCUAGUGAAAAACCAAAAGCAGGGUUACCUCAAAUUACUCAACUAUCCGUUAAGGUUGAAGAAAAAUAUGCACCUCUAUCGCUGGAGUCGGACGAGUCCUACAUCCUUUUGGUGGAAGCU